GCGGCUGCGGGUGGCUGCGAGCGGCGGGGUUAAGUGCGUCGCCGCCUCCGCCCCCGCCUAGGAGCUAGCAGAGAACGUUGAACCCGCAUCUAGGACUUUCAGCGGCGUUCGCACGCCAUGGGCCUCCGCCCCUGCCGCGCAUCGCUGCUGCCUGGUGGCCUGCUGUUCCUCUUGCUGCUGCUAAUGUUGCUGGCGGACCCAGCGCAACCGGCCCGACGUCAUCCCCCGGUGGUGCUGGUGCCUGGUGAUUUGGGCAACCAGCUGGAGGCAAAGCUGGACAAGCCAACGGUGGUGCAUUACCUCUGCUCCAAGAGGACUGACAGCUACUUCACACUCUGGCUGAACCUUGAACUGCUGCUGCCCGUCAUCAUUGACUGCUGGAUCGACAAUAUCAGGCUGGUUUACAACAGAACAUCCAGAGCCACCCAGUCUCCUGAUGGAGUGGAUGUGCGUGUCCCUGGCUUUGGGAAGACCUUUUCUUUGGAGUUCCUGGACCCUAGCAAAAGCAGUGUGGGUUCCUAUUUCCACACCAUGGUGGAGAGCCUUGUAGGUUGGGGUUAUACACGGGGUGAGGAUGUCCGAGGGGCCCCGUAUGACUGGCGCCGAGCCCCAAAUGAAAACGGGCCCUACUUCCUGGCCCUCCGCGAGAUGAUCGAGGAGAUGUACCAGCUGUAUGGGGGCCCCGUGGUGCUGGUUGCCCACAGCAUGGGCAACAUGUACACACUCUACUUUCUGCAGCGGCAGCCACAGGCCUGGAAAGACAAGUAUAUCCGUGCCUUCGUGGCACUGGGCGCGCCCUGGGGGGGCGUGGCCAAGACCCUCCGUGUCUUGGCUUCAGGAGAUAAUAACCGGAUCCCAGUCAUCGGGCCCCUGAAGAUCCGGGAGCAGCAGCGGUCUGCUGUCUCUACUAGUUGGCUGCUGCCCUACAACUAUAGCUGGUCACCUGAAAAGGUGUUUGUGCACACACCUACGAUCAACUACACACUGCGUGACUAUCGCAGGUUCUUCCAGGACAUUGGCUUUGAAGAUGGCUGGCUCAUGCGGCAGGACACAGAGGCUCUGGUUGAAGCCAUGGUGCCACCUGGUGUGCGGCUACACUGCCUCUAUGGCACAGGGGUUCCCACACCAGAUUCCUUCUACUAUGACAGCUUCCCUGACCGUGACCCUAAAAUCUGCUUUGGCGAUGGUGAUGGCACUGUGAACUUGCAGAGUGCCCUGCAGUGCUGGGCCUGGCGCAGCCACCAGGAGCAAGAGGUGUCAUUGCAGGAGCUGCCAGGUAGUGAGCACAUCGAGAUGCUGGCCAAUGCCACUACCCUGGCCUAUCUGAAACACGUGCUUCUUGGGCCCUGAUUCUUGUAUUAGGCAGGGCUACUAGAUGGCUUGGCCACAGGGCCUCUUUUGGCCUCUGGGUCAAUUAUGGCCAGAAAAUUUAGCAAAGUUUGUGAUGAACCAUUCAAGGCCCUAGGUUUUGGGCUAUGAAGUAUCUGCCACAGAGAAGUGCUAUUUAUCCUUCUGUGACAGUGAAGACAGAAGAAAUCAGAGUCUGGACUCAAGGGACCCUUGACAGAAGGAAUGCUGCUGAUGGUGGAAUUGUGACCUCAGGACUGGCUCUGUAAGGUGGAUUGGCCGGCCCCUGGCCCCAAUCCCCAGCCAGGGCCAUGUGUUCCUCCUAUUCCUAUGGCCUUUUCACGAUCACCCAUUGGGCCCUGGCUCCUCAGCCUUCCUAUGAGGGAUAUUACUAUGUUGUGGUCUUAUCCUCAAAGGUCCCAGGGAUGGGCUUCUGGCUCCUUGGGUGACCCUUUCCACAUGCUGGCCACAGGUAGGCCUGCCACUUGCCAUGGGUAGCUGGAACUGCUGGCUUCCCUGUGUCUUCCUGGGGGGCAUCCAAGUAUCCCCUGCAGGCAGGGACAGUUAAUUGUAUUCUUUAUGGUUUCUAGCCCCUGGGACAUUGACUCCACUCCUACCUCCCUCACCUUCAAGAGCAGUUUAGCUCUGGAUUCGGUAACAGAUGGGCCUCUAGUUCUGGAGGCCAUGUCCCAGGAGCCCUGAUCUCCUCAGUUGUGCUGUUGACCCAGUAUUAAAGCUACCUGCCUUCACCCUGGGAUUGCAGUUCAAGGAUGAGGGCAGAGGCCAGUGCCAUGGCCUUCUAGGUACCUGUGAAGAAAAGGAAUUCAAGGAAACAGUCAAGGUUGCUCAUAGUUACCCCGAGCUGCCCACUUGCUAACCCCACUAUCACACUGCCACUCUGCCCUAGGGUCUCUCUAGUACCCAAGUGGGUUGGCUUGGGACUGAGAGGUGUUGAGGCGCCUGCCCAGUCCCUGCUCCCACCAGGCAGCUAAGUAGUAUUUGGUCUGCAGGGACCAGUUCAGAAACUUGAGUAGGCUGCCGAAAGAGCAGGUACCCUAAGGCCUUCCCUCUGGGUUUUCUGUCUGUCCAGGGAUGCUGUAUGGGGUCUCCGUGUGACAGCUGUCUGGGCCUUCCCUGGUAGCAGUGGACUUCAAGUAGGCAACUGGCUAUAGUCUAAUAGUUGGGUUCAGCCUCUAGGUUGGGGUCCCAAAGCCACACUUAGGCUGGACUGAGUUGUCCCACAAGGUUUCUGUGGAGCUGGAUUUUCUCUGUUUCGUACAUACCUGGCAUCUGUCUCUUCCUUUGUUCCUGAGUUGUGGGCCCUGCAGGAGGCUGGCUCUGAGUGGGCUGUACCUCGAUUCUGGCAAUAAAAGUAUUUUGGAUGCUGUAA